AUGCUAUUCCUCCCUCCCUCGUCCACAGUCUUUUCUACCCAACUCAUCUAUCUUAUCGUCGUCUACUCUUAUAUCCUGCUGCUCACUGCUCUCGUCAAGCACCUUUACUACAGCCUAUUUCUCUCCCCAAACCAACCAAACCACAUACCACAACUCAAAAUGCCUUCCUCCGACAUCCAAAAGGACCAGCUCCAGAACGUCCUUGAGUCCAAGGGCAUCAAGUUCCAAAUCAAGUCUGGCAAUGCCAAGUACGAGUGCCACCUUCUGGACCGCGCUACUCACGAGCGCAUCAAGGCCACCAGGACCAACUCCACCGACAGCCAGAGCAGCACCUCUUCCUCUUCCACCAUCAGCAGCUCCCACUAA